AAAUAUUAUCACUACUCCUCGGUAUGUAUUUCUGUAAAAUAGUGAUUGCAAUAUUUACUUCCAAGUUCGACAUUUAAUCACAACCAAAAUUAUUAAUUUGAGUAGUUAAUUCCGUUAAUUCAAUAAGGAGCAUCAAAAAUAAAGACACGCGCGCGCCUAUAAUUUCCGCCAUCUUAUUUUUCAUAUAUAUAUAUUUUCAGAAUUGUUGAAUCAGCGUUUCGGUGGUACUCGAGUAUUGCUCAUUGGUGAUUGCUUAGACAAUUAAUUAAACCAAGUUGUUAAAACUUUUGUAGUGUGGUUUAGAGAAAAAUAAAAUAAAUUUAAAAUUAAGUGGAGUGUUUUAUAAAUAAAACAGUAAAUCAUGCAUAAAAUAUUGGGUAUGAAUAAUUGCAAGGUAUUUUCAGUGCUUAGAAGUCCCGAUGAGGGUGAAUCUGAUCGCAAAGUCUAAGCAAAAAUAACUAAAAGUGACGUAACAUUCAUUUUAAUAAACUCUUAAGGACUUAUCAAAGAUUUAAUAAUUAGCUACUUAUAUUAUUAUAAUUAAUACUCUAAUUGCAAACGUGUCAGGUGAUGCCUUAUCUCAAGCAAGAUAAUCUUGAUUAGUUGGAAAAAAAUAUUAAAAAUUGCCGUUCGCGGUAUAUAGAGUAUCUUCACAACCCGUAAUGUAUUUGCGAGAAAGGGAGCACCGAGGGAUUGAAUUAUUAAAAGCACCUGGAUCUGUGACCUCAGGCUCGGAAGCUUUUGCUUCAAUUAAAAAAUCUUUGGAGCUAAGAACCCGGGUUGGAUUGAGCGAAUCCAAGGGUGGAUUUGGAAUGAUCCAGGAGGCUCAGGCCGUGAUAACACCACGAUUUGGGUGGCUCAAGCUUACCGAUCCUGGAGACUGACACGAAAAAAGCGACAUUAGGACGGCGCGAUAGCACUUGCCGUGAGAUUAUUUUAUAGAAUUUUUUGUGUAAUAAAUAAAAUAAAAUUAUUUUGAUUUAUUAGUAAGGACUUUGGUCUUGAUCUCCGAUGUCUCUGGUGAUUAACAGUUUUCCGGCUGAAUCCGGGACUUGAUCAGGACUAUUAUGAAGGGACAACCAAAGAUGGCGGGACACCGGUGUCGGUAGCAGAAGGGGCUGCGCUUCCCUGUUGUUUUCCUUUUUUUUUUAUUUUGUCAAUCCGAGUGAUUGUGGAUACAGUGCCAUAGAUUAUUAUUAUUUUUGUUUUUAUUAUUGUUAUCGUUAGGUUAAGAUAAUAUGGACAAUUGUGCCGAUGGGUAGCUUUUUAUUGUUUAAGGUUGUUAUGCAUUAGUUAUUAUUAUUAUUGAUGUAAUUGUAACUGUUGUAUGUAACAAUAAGCGGGUAGAAUUUAUUAAAUUUAAUAAUUAGCUUGUAAGUCUAUUGCCAAAAUUUUAAGUAGUCAUUUUUAACAAUGCCGGCUACACCGAAUAAGCUCAAUUUGAGCUUCGCGCGAAACGCGUACAAUACUUUAAGCAACCGUACACCUACGGAAAAUGUCGACCCUCAGGUUGAGCAAAAAAAAGAGUUGUUAGAGGGUACCAGGGGAAACGGACUCCUUCAGCUUAAAAAUGGGGUGGAUUAUAUUAAUCCGGGGCAAGAGGACCAGAUGGAGAUUUAUGGAUACCGCAGAAGCAAAAUUUUCACAAUAAUAACCUGGAUUCUAAUAAUAGCAACUGGAGGUCUCCUGCGGCUAGUGUUCCACUGGGUACCACACUGGAUGUUGCGCGCGACUCACUCAAAAUGUCCGCUGGAGGAAGCGGACACCGUGCUGCUUGUGGAGCGGUUCCUGGGGAAACACGCGUACUACUACGUCAAACGAGUCAAAACUCUAACUGCUGCUGACGUAUCGAAGAACGCGCUGGACAGCGAAACGCUGAUCGACGAAUCGUGGACCGGAUCAGGCAGCGUGAAUUCGACAGACCUAGCCGGAGUGACCACUAUCGACGACUCCCUUAAACUGUCGGUCCACUUGCACAGCGGCCAUUUUAGACAGGUGUCCUCCAUCUUGAUGUUUACAUGCAAGAAACUUGUUUACAUCUGGGACACCGAACGCGGGGAGUUUCUUAAGCUUGCCGGGCUAGAUUUCGGCGUUUCUACGUCUACGUUGCACCAAAUGCCGGGACUGAGUUCUCAGGAGCAAUUCCUCAGGCGAAGCGUUUACGGCAACAACGAGAUAAAAAUCCCUCUGAAAAGCUUCCUCCAUUUGCUGUGCCUCGAAGCGCUGAAUCCAUUUUACGUCUUCCAAUUGUUCAGCUUCUGCCUGUGGAUCGCUGACGAUUACUACUACUACGGACUAGCAAUCAUGUCAAUGUCUUGCUUCGGUAUAACGAUGGCAGUAGUCCAAACCCGUCGGAACCAAGAGAAGCUCAGCUCAACAGUCCACUCAUCAGACGUCGCGACAGUGAUGCGAGACCGCACUACUGGUAAAGCAGAUUCCAUAACUUCCGAGCGUCUAGUCCCCGGCGACAUCCUUGUGAUCCCUCCCCACGGUUGCCUGAUGCCCUGUGACGCAGUUCUGCUCACUGGAACCUGCAUCCUAAACGAAUCCAUGCUCACCGGCGAGUCAGUCCCAGUGACCAAAACCCCGAUCCCCUCCUCUUCAGAGCUGACCUACGACACCAAAGAACAUGCAAGACACACCCUCUUCUGCGGCACCAAGGUCAUCCAGACCCGGUACUUCGGGGGCGAGAAAGUCCUAGCCGUGGUCAUCAGAACUGGAUUCACCACCAGUAAGGGAGAGCUAGUCAGGUCAAUAAUGUACCCCCCGCCAGUUGACUUCAAGUUUGAGCAGGACUCCUACAAGUUCGUCGAGAUCCUCGCCUGUAUCGCGGUAGUGGGUGCCAUCUACACCGCUAUCUCCAAGUCCCUUCGUGGAUUGCCUACUCGAGACAUUAUCCUAGAAGCUCUGGACCUCAUCACCAUAGUAGUUCCACCAGCUCUGCCCGCUGCCAUGACGGUAGGUCGGUUGGUCGCCCAAAGCCGCCUGGAGAAGCGCAGGAUCUACUGCACAAGUCCAAGGGCGAUCAACGUCUCCGGGUCCAUCGACUGCAUCUGCUUCGACAAGACUGGGACCCUUACUGAAGACGGCCUCGACAUGUGGGGCGUCGUCCCAUCAACUGACAGGAAGUUCCUUGUCCCUGUCAAGAAUAUCGUCAGCCUACCAGCCACGGAACUCUUGUUCGGGAUGGUCACCUGCCAUGAAAUCACCAUCAUCGACGGCAACCGGGUUGGAGACCCCUUGGACCUCAAGAUGUUCGAGUCUACUGGCUGGAGCCUCGAAGAACCCGACGUCUCCGACAACACCAAGUUCUCCAUGAUGUUCCCCAAUAUCGUUCGUCCACCCAAGGACUCAAAGCUGCUCAACCAGUUCUCUUUGCCCGGAAUUUCGCCGGCUCACCAGAAUUCUAUCGCUAACUCCGAGGUCGAAAACAUGUCCUUGAACAACCUGGCGGCUUCUGAUGCAGAGUUAGCGGAGCAGGGCCUGGAGAUCGGGAUCAUCAGGCAGUUCCCUUUUACGUCCAGCUUGCAGCGAAUGAGUGUCAUCACAAGAACGUUGGGCGCCAAUCACUACGAUCUUUACUGCAAAGGGAGUCCCGAGAUGAUCCAGUCCCUCUCGAUUCCAGAGUCAAUCCCAGCAGACUUUGCGUCUGUCCUCCAAGAGUACACUUCUGAAGGCUACCGGGUGAUAGCGAUUGGGCACAAGCCGCUGAACAAGCUGACCUACGCAAAGGUCCAUCGGCUAAGUCGGGAGUCUGCAGAAUCCGAGUUGAAUUUCUUGGGCUUCGUAGUACUGGAAAACCGUCUCAAGCUGGAAACCACUCCCGUAAUUGAAGAGCUGAACCGUGCUUGCAUAAAAACAGUGAUGGUCACCGGGGACAACAUCCUCACUGCGCUGUCAGUCGCUCGGGAUUGUGAGAUGAUCAAGUCCGAUAUGCCAGUGAUUCAGGUGACUGCAGUUCAAAUUGGCCAGCAGUCUCAGGUCUACUUUUCCCGUAGUGACGUCUCUCCAAUUCCAUCAAGCAUCAGCGAGAUAACGGAUCUGAACAGUAUUGUUUCUUUGGAGAUCGAGAGCCGGUCCUUCGUUCGUCCAGACAACGCUUAUCUAGAUGACUACCACAAGAACAACAAGUACGUGUUUGCAGUAACUGGCAAGACCUGGGCGAUCUUGAAACAGUUUCAUCCUGAGUUGAUCCCAAAGAUCGCGACUCGGGGAGCUAUCUAUGCUCGGAUGUCUCCAGACCAGAAACAGCAGCUGGUCCAGGAAUUGCAAGGCUUGGGAUACUAUGUCGCAAUGGUUGGAGAUGGUGCUAAUGAUUGUGGUGCGCUUAAGGCUGCCCACACUGGAAUAUCUCUGUCUGACACGGAAUCUUCAGUGGCUUCCCCGUUCACCAGUCGGGAGACCAACAUCUCUUGCCUCCAAUCUGUGAUCCGCGAAGGCCGGGCUGCUUUGGUUACUUCUUUCGGGAUCUUCAAGUACAUGGCUGCCUACUCUUUGACGCAGUUUGUUUCAGUGAUGAUUCUUUACGAGAUUGACUCCAACCUGACGGAUUUUGAGUUUCUGUAUAUUGACCUGCUGAUCAUAUCGAUCUUCGCGUUCUUCCUGCCCAGGACGGCGGCCUACGACGGACCGCUGGUGAAGGAUCCACCACUGACUAGUUUGGUCAGCACGUCGUCGAUCCUGAGCAUCGCCAGCCAAAUGAUUAUCGUUACGAUUUUCCAGGUGCUAAGCUACUGUAAUCUCAAGCAGAACGUGUGGUACGAGCCCUUCAACGUCGAGAAGAUCGAAGACAAAGAUGAUGUGUCCUGCUAUGAAAACUACACGCUCUUUAUCAUCAGCUCGAUGCAGUAUAUCAUUCUGGCAGCUACUUUUUCUAAAGGACAUCCUUAUCGGAAGAACAUCUUCACUAAUCACGGUCUUCUAGCCUCGUUCAUUUUGCUGUCGUUGUUCUCCAGUUACCUGGCGAUCUGUCCGUUCCAAUGGCUGGAGACCCAGUUUGAGCUAAAGAUGCCGCCAGAGAUGUCCUUCAGGGUGAGGCUGGUGCUGUAUGGAGCGGCCAAUCUGGUGAUAGCGCUGCUGGUGGAGCAUCUGGUGAUAGACUAUCUGAUCUCGGAAAAGCUUCGGUAUCGUUGGCACAACUUGGACAAGUCCAAGCGUAAGUUUCUGGCACUGGAGCGAGACAUGGCCAGGAACACCAAGUGGCCACCAUUGACCCAGGAACCACCAACUCCUGACGCUGCGGCGGUUCCGGAUUUGAUCAGACGGAAUACGGUCACUGAAAUCAAGAUCGAGAAACUCGUUCCGGAAAAUGUUCCAUUGACACCUGCAAAAGGGUUCCUUGGAGGAGGAAAGAGAUCACUGACAAUGGGAAAUAAGUUUGGGUCAGCAAGAGAGGUUACACUCAAUCCGACUAGCUUGGUUAAUGACAGGAAUACAGUGUCAAUGCAAAUUGUGUCUUGCUGUGAAAAUGAAGAGCUCAAGGAUAUUCCUAAGAAGCUAGUGAAUAGAAAUGGGACUGGAUAUGGUGGUGGUGAUGGUAAAAGACGACACAACUCGGAGUCUGAGAACGGAAUUGGAAGAGACAACCCGCUCGGCACGCUUACGUCGAUAAAUCCGAUAGCGACGUUACCCAGAAACCAGUCAGCGAUUUACCAGAAAAUUAGGGAGGGAAAUUCGGAAAGGGUCAACAAAAGCGAGGAUCUCAGAAGAGGGCAGAGUGUAUUGGAGAUGGAUGUGCUGCCAUCUUGAGAUAAGCUGAUGGCCUUUGUUUGGUCAAAGGGUUUUAUACUGAGGUUAAUUGUGCUGAUAGUAUGACACAGGACUAUGAGCAUUUAAUUUCAUUUUUUUAUUGAAGUCAAUGCUGCCGUUUUAGAGGGUUGUUACUUAAAUUAUGGUGCUGUAAUCAAUUUUUUGAUUUGGAAUAUUCGGUUGAUUGAAAGUAUGACUAAUAUAUGUCAUAUAUAAUCACAUCUGAUCAUUGGAAAAUUUUACGUUUUCCUAUUUGCCAUUUCGCCAUAAUAUAUGAUAGUAAGGUAAAAGCCCCAAUAUAUGAUCAUGUACCAGUAUAUGAUCACUCCAUGUAUUUGUAUACCUAUAUUU